AUGGAGCCGUUUAUGAAGCCUCCUUUAGAGAUGAACUUCUCAACAACUGAACAGUUGUCGUUAUCCGAAAGAUGGAGACGAUGGAAGGAAACUAUGCAGUUAUAUCUUGGAUUAAACAUGUCUAAAGCCAGCGAGAAAGAACAAUGUGCGGCGUUCCGGUAUGUGAUCGGACAAGACGGGCGAGACAUUUAUAACACAAUGAAGUUUACACAGGCUCAAACGGACAAAAUCGACGUGUUAUUCGCGAAGUUUGACGAGUAUUGUGAACCCAGAAGAAACACGAUUAUGGAAAGAUACAAGUUUAAUACGCGAGUGCAAAGAGACGACGAAACAGCCGAUCAGUACGUAACUGAACUUAAAUUGCUCGCUAAGAAUUGCAACUUCGGGUCUCUUGAGGACGAGUUGAUUAGGGACCGCGUUGUUUACGGAAUAAAAUCGGAGCGUGUGAGAGAACGGUUAUUACGAGAACGAGAGUUAACGUUAGAUAAAGCGUUAGAAGUAUGUCAAAUAAACGAACAGUCUGAGGAACAACUAAAAGUACUAAACGAUGUUCAGAGCGUCAAGGCCAUAGGAAAACAUAACAAAUCAGGAAAUUAUCGUAGCAAAUUAGAUGCAAAUCGAAGGCGUGAUUUCAAGCAUAACGGCGGCAACAAACAAGAACAAGUAUCGUGUUGCGGAAAGUUGCGGAAAGUAAGAAAUGUUUUAGGUGUGACAAAAAGAAUCAUUUCGCUAAAUUCUGCAAGUCAAAGAAAAUACAUGCAGUAGACAAAGCGAGUACAGAUGACGAACCGUUGUUUAUUGGAGCGGUUAAUUCAAUUCAUAACGAAGAGAAUGUUUUCAAAACUUUAUCAAUCGAGGGAAAUGAGAUCAAGUUCAAGAUUGACACGGGAUCACAAGCCAAUAUAAUACCCCUACCUACAUUCGAGAAGAUGAAGCUGAAACAAACCCGGUUAGAAAGACCAACAGCAAAGUUAACAAGUUACACUGGCGAUUAUCUACCGGUCGUCGGAGAAUGCAAUCUGAAAUGUAACAACAAGACAUUGAAAUUUUUCGUCGUAAAAACUGGACAAGUUCCCAUCAUUGGUUUGAAAGCUUCUCAAGAACUGAAUCUGAUCAAAAUCAUCAUGAAUGUGAACAAUGUGAUUGGUCAAUCAGCAGAAACCAUUCAUGAGAAAUUUCCUAAAGUAUUUCAAGGUUUGGGAUGCCUAAAGAAUCCAUACCACAUCGAAGUCGACCCUACGAUUACACCUGUCGUCAGUCCUUUAAGAAGUACACCAGUUGCGCUCAGAGAGAGGCUGAGGUCUUUGCUAGAUGAUAUGGAAGAAAAGGGAGUCGUGGAGAAAGUCGAUGGUCCAACCGAGUGGGUGAAUUCGACAGUGAUUAUAGAGAAGCCAAAUAGUGACAAACUACGAAUUUGUCUUGAUCCGAGACCACUAAAUGAAGCUAUCAAGCGAGAACACUUCAAGAUGCCAACAAUAGAGGAAAUCACGACGCGUGUGGCCAGAGCCAGAGUAUUCUCCAAACUGGACGCAAAUCAUGGCUAUUGGCAAAUACCACUAGAUGAAGAGAGCCGAUUGCUGACCACAUUCAACACACCAUUUGGUC